GUGAAGAGUGACUCCUCCCCGCCUGCCACACAACCAUGACAUCAUCACACACACACACGCACUGUGUGUAGGAUGUGUUGAUCGUGGGCUGGUCGCGGUGGAGGAGCUGGUAGAAGAAGAGGAGAAUAAAUAAAGGACAAGAAGGAUGGAGUCGGAAGAGAAUGUGCUCCAGUCGUUUCUUCUCAUCCUUCUGCUCGCUGCCUCCUGCACGAUGGUGGGUCCGGCGGCCCCGCAGAGGCAGGCGGGUCAGGCUCAGGAGCGAGGCGGCUGGCAGGUAUUCAGCUCGGCCCAGUACUCAGGGGGCGGCUGCGUGUGUACGGUGGUGACCCCCCACGACGCCGUCUGCUCCCGAGACGCUCGCAGCAAGCAAGUGCGACGCCUGCUGGACAAGGUGCAGAACAUGAGCCGCUCCAUCGAGGAUUUGGACCAACGCACCCGCCAGGACAUCGGCAUGGUGGAGAAGAUGGAGGCGGAGCUAAGAAGUCUGGAGAGGAAGUUCAAAGCGGUGGAGGCGGGGCAUGAGAGCAACAGGGCCAGGCACUACCAGGCCAUGAAGGCGAAGAUGGAGGAGCUGCGUCCGCUCAUCCCGCUGUUGGAGGCGUACAAGGCCGACGCCCUUCUGGUCCGGCGCUUCAGGGAGGAGGCGGCCAACGUGACGGCGACGCUGGCCGAGCUGCACGACCGCAUGGCCCUGGUGGACUAUCAGGACCUUCACGCGCGCGUGGCCGGCCUGGAGGAGCGGCUGCACGCCUGCAUGCAGCGGCUUGCUUGCGGGAAGCUAACGAGAAUCGCCGAGCCCGUCAUCGUCAAGACCUCCGGGUCCAGGUUUGGGUCCUGGAUGACGGACCCGCUCGCACCCGCCGGAGACAACAGAGUGUGGUACAUGGACGGCUACCAUAACAACCGCUUCGUGCGCGAGUACGAGUCGCUGUCGGACUUCAUGACGUCGGACAACUUCACGUCGCACCGCCUGCCUCACCCGUGGUCCGGGACAGGUCAGGUGGUUCUGAACGGCUCGCUGUACUUCAACAAGUUCCAGAGUCACACGCUGAUCAAGUUCGACCUGAAGUCUUCGCUCAUCAGCCGCUCGCGCCAGCUCGACUUCGCCGGCUACAACAACAUGUACCACUACUCGUGGGGGGGGCACUCCGACAUCGACCUGAUGGUAGACGAGGGCGGGCUGUGGGCCGUCUACGCUACCAACCAGAACGCCGGCAACAUCGUGCUGAGUCGGCUGGACCCCGACAGUCUUCAGGUGCUGCGCAGCUGGACCACCAACCAUCCCAAGCGCAGCGCCGGCGAGGCCUUCAUGGUCUGCGGGACGCUAUACGUCACCAACGGUUACUCGGGUGCCACCAAGGUUUACUACGCCUUCGCCACCAAUUCGUCCACAUACGAGUACAUCGACGUGCCCCUCGCCAACACCUACGGGCACAUCUCCAUGCUGGACUACAACCCGCGCGACAGGGCGCUCUACGCUUGGAACAACGGGCGACAGCUCCUCUACAACGUCACGCUCUACCACGUCAUACAGUAAUCACGUUGCGCGUCGUGAUGCCGUGACAUUACAUCAUCACAAUGUCAUGACAUCACAUCUUCACGUCAUAACAUCAUCAACGAACGUCAUGACAUUGUGACAUUACAUCAUUACAUUGCCCAUUGUGACAUCAUGACAUUACAUCCUUACAACAUGACAUCACCAAUGAUAUAAUAGUUUGGAUUUUUUUCAUACUGUGAGUUUUACUUCUUAUUUUAUAUUAAUGAUUCAAUUUUAACCAGUUUUAGAGCGUAUUUGCUAGUUUUCUGGAGUUUUUAUUCGUUGGGUUUUUCCAAUUAAAUUCGUUAUUUUUUGGUUUUCAUUGCUUUAAUAACCUUGGCUGAUUAUGCCAUCACGCGAUUAUGACAUGUUAUGACCCGUCAUGACGUGUGACAGUGAGUUGACGUGAGUGACAUGUUGACAGGUGUCGUUCAUCCUUUUGUAAUCUUUAGAAACAAUAAACACGUGAGGUCACAUGACAUGGUCACGUCACGUUAGAAUGCCAGCUCGCAGCAAUACAAAAGUUUUCUAUUCUCUGCGUUUUGGAACGUCACGUGAACUUCACGCGCAUUGAUACAUUUACACACGUACACAUUGUGGAUCUACUGCAACAUGCAGGAAUUUCAUAAUAAAUAAUAAUAAUAAUGUAUGGAUUACUCUUUCUAAUCACAGAUGUGUCAAAAUGUCAAAUAAAGAGCAAU